AACAUAUUUAUACGUAUUUAAAACUAUUUGCUAUGAAAGUGUACGAGGAGCGUACUAUUACGUUUGCUUUGCCUCUUUCAUUUCAACGUUAUCUUAUUAGAUAACUUUUAUACAAGGAUAUAAGUACAAAAGUAACCUAAACUUCCGUAGGUUGAAUACAUGCGGUUAGAAAUAAAAAAAAAUGAAUUUGUUAUAUAUAUCGGACAUGAACUGGUAAUGGAUUUGUUUCUAAUUACAUUGUACUUAAAUAUAAAAUACGUGUAGAAUAGUUACCGUCCUAGGAAAAAUGUUCCAACCAAAACGAGAUAGCACGUGGAGCUGGUUGGUAUUGUUUUGUGUUUUGUGUUGCCAAAUAGUUCUCGGAGGAAUAUGCCUAUCGGGUGGACUAUUUUUUGUUAUAUUCACAGAUGCGUUUGACGUCAGUCCGGCGGAAGCAGCAUGGCUCUGCUCAUUUCCAAUAACUAUGUGGUUUAUUUCUUCACCAAUUGGUAGUUUUCUAACCAACCAAUAUGGUUUCCGUUUAUGUUCGUUUGUAGGUGGUAUCCUGGCAGCUAGUGGACUUUCAGUGAGCUAUUUUGCAACAAGCGCAACGUUUCUUUUCCUUUCGUAUGGCUUUUUGACAGGACUUGGACUUGGAAUAAAUUACAACGGAUGUAUGUCAGCAAUUAAUGUCUACUUUGAUACCUACAAGACCCUUGCUGCCGGCAUUUCUUCAGUAGGCCACAAUCUCGGUCUUAUCAUAUUUGCUGAUAUCAUUGUUUCAUUGGAGGAGAGUUUUGGUUGGAGAGGAAUGCUCCUCAUUCUCGGUGGAAUUGCGUUCAAUCUUUGCGCUUGCGCAUUAGUUAUGCUUCCUAUGGAAGUUCUAAGUGAAACAGAUAAUUAUUAUCGUUCGCCUAAAAAGAGGGAAAAAUCAGUGCGGAAAAAAUCCAUAAACCUUUCAGUUUUUAGAAAAUUGUCAUUUGUUUUUCUUUGUAUAAGUAAUGUGUUUAUGAAUUUCAGUCAAGGAAUUUACAUUUUACAUUUGCCUUCAUACUCUAAAGAUGUAGGCUUCAACAGAAAUGAUUUUGGAACAGUUCUUAUGGUGUAUGGAAUAUCAAAUAUAGUUGGAAAAGUGUUCUUUAGCUUUUUAGGGCAUCAUCCUCAAGUAAAUGUUACUAUUGUAUAUGCACUGUCACUCUGUGUAACUGGCAUAAGCAUGGGUCUUACACCAGUAUUUCUUACCCAAACUGGCAUGCUUGUUUUAGCAGGAUUUGUUGGAUUUUUCUUUUGUGUGACAGGGGCCUUAGUGAACGCAAUAAUUCACAAAAUUGUCGGAUUUAGCAGAUUUUCAGAUGGGGUUGGAAUGUCAUUGCCGUUUAAGGCAACAGGGAAUCUCAUUGGUGGACCAAUGGCAGGUGUUUUAUUGACUAUGACAGGAAGUUAUGCAUUUUCCUUUUAUCUGGCUGGUGUAACUAUGGUUUUAGCAGCGUGUCUGAUGGUACAUCCUAUCGUUCACAUAAAGCAACGAGAAAAGAAUCAUCAAGCCAAAAAUAUUUACCUUGUCAGUGAAAAGGAGGUGGAAAUAUCUGAAAAGGGAACAUUUAUUGGAACUCAGAAAGCUAUAAACGAAAUGGAAAAUGAAAAACAGCUUAAAAUAGAUUCAAAAUUAAUAGAUAUGGAAACAGAUGAUCGGAUAUAUGAAGUGAUUCCAGAUAUAGAAAAUCAUUCCGAACAGUGUCCUCGUUUACAAUAGAAAAAAUAGGCAAAUGCUACGCUACAAUUGCAGUAACAAUGUGUUCCACAUUGAGCAUCGUGCUUUAAAGAUUUUUUUUAUGUUCAUUAACACAAAACGUAUUUCCAGAGAUGAAUAUGUAUUAGGGUAUAUAAAAUCAUUUCUAUCA